GUCAGUCUCCCACUCACAGUGGAUGACCCAGCAACGAUUACGGAGAAUGCCACCUUGACUAAUGCCAUGAUUGCGGGCUUUGCGCAGGUGAUGGGCGUGGAUGCCUCUCAAGUAACGCUUGAGUUCACGACCCAGUCUCGACGCCUUAGUUCAAGGCAGCUUCAAGCGACGCUCCUGGCCAUCUUUAAGGUGACUUUGCCAAGUGCUGAGGCCGCCGACCAAACUCGGGUGGCCAUCGAUGCAGUCUCACUGGAGGACACCAACAGCGCAAUCACCCAGGCCGCUGCGGAUGCCGGCUACGCGGGCACGAUCCAGGUGACUGGCAAGACCACGGCGAUUGCCCCCGCAGGCCCGUCAUCUUCGGCGGCCCUGUCCUCCAGCGUGAAGAACUUGGCCUUCAUCGCAGUCCUUGCUGCAUUCUGCUUCUGA